CGUUUUUAACUGAUAGGAAGGUCGCUCAGGACGGUAGUUGUCUGCUAAAUUCGAGUGAAACCUCACGUAUCUCAUUUAUUAAAUGUUUCUAAGGAAAUAAUAGUUUGGUAAUAAAACUGCGGUUACGAAAAUAAAAAUAAAAGCAUAUAAAUUAGAUUCCAGUUUAGAAAGAUACUUAUGCAUCGUCAAAGGAUGUCUGAUCGUUAUUCAAGAGCCGACACCGGAGCAAUGUUGUCUCCUGAUGGAGAUGACAGCAAAAUUAAACCUUUUUUUCAAAGCAGAGAAGGCAGAGCCGUCCAAAGAGGUUCAUUUAGUGAUAAAGGGAACCGGGCAAUCGGUGUUUUUACUAGUGGUGGAGAUUCCCAGGGCAUGAAUGCUGCUGUUCGGGCUGUUGUACGUAUGGGCAUGUACAUGGGAAUUAAAGUUUUUUUCAUCAAAGAAGGAUAUCAGGGAAUGGUUGAUGGGGAUGAUUAUAUUGUAGAAGCUACCUGGGUUAGUGUGUCCGGCAUUAUUCAUAAAGGUGGAACAGUUAUUGGAAGUGCUAGGUGCAAAGAUUUCACCACUCGGGAAGGAAGAUUAAAAGCAGCUGCAAAUUUAGUGCGACAUAACAUCACAGAUUUGGUAGUGAUUGGAGGAGAUGGCAGCUUAACUGGUGCAAAUAUCUUCAGACAGGAGUGGUGUUCUCUUUUAGAUGAAUUGGAGAAAACUGGAAUUAUAACACCAGAUAAAAGAAAAAUGUGUGGGCAUCUAAACAUAGUAGGAAUGGUUGGGUCCAUUGAUAAUGAUUUUUGUGGCACUGACAUGACUAUUGGAACAGAUUCGGCACUCCACCGUAUCUUAGAAUCUAUCGAUGCAAUUGUAACAACUGCAUCAAGUCAUCAACGAACUUUUAUUUUGGAAGUUAUGGGUCGUCAUUGUGGUUAUUUGGCAUUAGUUGGAGCUUUAGCGAGUGAAGCAGACUUUGUAUUCAUUCCAGAAUGGCCACCCGAAAGAGACUGGCCACAAAUUUUGUGCAAAAAACUUAUGCAGGAGAGAGAAAAUGGUCAAAGGCUAAAUAUUAUUCUGAUAGCUGAGGGGGCUCAGGACAAGGAUUGUAAUCCGAUAACUGCUGAGCAAGUUAAAAAGGUUAUCGAAGAUAAGUUGCAGCAGGAUACGCGUAUAACUGUUCUCGGUCAUGUACAAAGAGGUGGCAGCCCAUCUGCUUUUGACAGAAUCUUGGGUUGUCGAAUGGGGGCUGAAGCUGUUCACGCUCUUUUAGAGGCCACACCAGAUUCAGAAGCUUGUGUUGUUUCCCUGGAUGGAAAUCAGGCUGUUAGAGUACCCUUGAUGCAAUGCGUAGAAAAGACAAAAGCUGUUGGUGCUGCAAUGCAUAAAAAACAGUGGGAGGAAGCUGUGAAACUUCGAGGAAGGAGCUUUGAGCGAAACUUACAAACUUAUAAAAUGCUGACAAGAUUACGACCACCUAAGUCUGUUUGGGCCAAACAGGAACUUGGGAAAAAGAAAGGGUAUACCUUGGCUGUCAUGCACGUUGGUGCCCCUUGUUGUGGCAUGAAUGCAGCUGUCAGAUCAUUUGUCAGGAAUUGCUUAUACAGAGGAGACACUGUUUAUGGCAUACAUGAUGGUAUUGAUGGACUUGUAGACGGAAAUUUUCAAGAAAUGCAGUGGUCAGAUGUGACAGGAUGGGUAGGACAAGGUGGAGCAUUUUUAGGAACUAAAAGAACAUUGCCGGAUCAGUAUAUGGAACAAAUUGUUGAGCAGCUCAAAAAAUUCAAGAUUGAAGCUCUAUUAGUAAUUGGUGGAUUUGAGGCUUUUCAUUCUGUUCUUCAAAUGGCAGAAGAACGAAAGAAGUAUAAAGAAUUACAAAUUCCUAUGUGUGUUGUGCCAGCUACCAUCAGCAACAAUGUUCCUGGCACCGAUUUCUCUCUGGGAGCUGACACAGCUAUAAAUGAAAUCACUGAGAUUUGCGAUCGAAUACGUCAAUCAGCCCAGGGCACGAAGCGCAGAGUAUUUGUUGUUGAAACGAUGGGAGGUUUCUGUGGCUAUUUGGCUACACUGGCAGGUUUAGCUGGUGGUGCUGAUGCUGCUUAUAUAUUUGAGGAACCUUUUUCAUCCAGAGAUUUAAUGGGAGAUGUUCAUCACAUGCAGUCUAAAAUGGCUGAAGGAGUGCAAAGAGGUUUGGUUUUGAGAAAUGAAAAAGCCAAUGAAAAUUAUUCAACUGACUUCAUUUAUCGUUUAUAUUCAGAAGAGGGGAAAAAAAUAUUUUCAACUAGAAUGAAUGUUCUUGGUCACAUGCAACAGGGUGGCAGUCCAUCUCCUUUUGAUAGGAAUUUCGGUACUAAAAUGGCAGCAAAAGCUACUGAUUGGCUUUUAACUCAACUGAGAAAGUUUAAACAACCAGAUGGUUCAAUUUCAUGCUCUGAUCCUGAAACAGCAGUUCUCAUGGGACUUGUUAGAAGACAAUAUCUCUUUUCUCCUGUGCAGUCUCUAAAAUCUGCAACUGAUUUCAAGCAUAGGAUACCGCAACAUCAAUGGUGGCUGAAACUUCGCCCACUUUUAAGAAUUUUAGCUAAACAUGAUUCUUCUUACAUUAUGGAAAGCAUAGACUGUCCUACUGUGCCUGAAGAAGACGAUUAAAGACUAUGCAUACAAUUCUUUUCAAUACUAAACAGUAAUUCUUUUUUUCUAACGAGAAAAUGAAGAGGGAUUUUAAUAUGGCAGCAUAUGUUUACUUUUCAUGUUCAAUAUCUGAAUGAUACACCAUGUGUAUAUCAACGUCUGAAUAGAAAUGCAUUUGUUUCAUAAUAUGCCUUUAAGCAUCCUAUUAAAUUUUUAUAUAUAUAUAUAUAUGUAUACAGUCGGACUUCUAUUUAACGAACUAACUUCCAUUUUGCGAAUUUCUUUUUUUUGCGAUUUUUUUUCAAGGAACCAAGAACAUUUUUUGGAAAUUUCUUCGUAAAAUGACUUCCAAAUAGCGAAGUGAAUUUUCUAUUUAACGAACUUUUCUUUGAGAUCCACUUUCCUCAUUUCCCAAAAUAUAACAAAACAUCUCAAACUUGUGAACAUAUUUUAUGGGGAAAAUGACUUUGAAUUGAUUAUUGAAACCAAUUAACUUUUAGAGAAAGAGGCAAAAUCCCUUUUUGUUUGCAUUUCGAACGAAAAACUUAAGACAAAAUUAAUGAAUUUUAUCAGUAGCAAUUGAACUUAAGAUCCCAUGUGGCAAUGUAUGUUUAAAACUACUUUUAUAUUAAAUGCAGCUAUAAUUUUAUACAUAGAUUUAAC